AUGGGCGACUACAAGGCGGGAGGGCCUGGGCUGCCGAACACCGCUUCGAUGGACAUGGAAUCGAUGGAGCGCGAGAUGAGACAGAUCUACGAGGAGCUUAAGCAAGGCGAAGGGGCCAAGGGCGAAGAUUUGGAGGCUUCGUCGGCAUCGGCCAUGAUGAAAUCGUCAAGAUCGGCGACGCAAAUGCUGGCGCAAAUCAUGGGCGACCUGGGACCGAUGCUCAAGGACCCCAUGUUGCAGAAUCACCCGCAUCUCGCCAAGUACCUUGCCGAUGAGGAGCAGAACAAGACGAAGGCGGGCACUUCUACCUCGACUUCGUUCUCGGACCUAAAAAAGAGCGAAAGCGACAGCGAAAACGCGACUAAGAUCGAAGCCGGUCCGAGUGGGGAGGGAUCGAAAGGGGAGGACGAGGUGGAAGUGGACAAGCUCAUCCACCUCUUCGUGAGCGGCAAGAAAGAAAAAGAGAAGGUUAUUUCCGCCGAGAAUCCUUCCCGGUCCAGUCUCGACGAGCCCCGCAAGAGCCCCGAAGACAGUACCAGCACCAGCACCGUCGUGGCCGCACCGUCGCACUCGCCAAGCGAAGCGAAGAAAGACGAACCAUCGGCGGCCGGUUCGCCGGGGCGCACCACGCGGCUCGCGCGGGAGAGCCUGAGGAAAGACGCGACGACUCCGACGCGCAAGUCCAGGAACCCGCAGAUGGACAAGGAGAUGGAGCGCAUCCGCCGGGCCGUCGAGGAGAAGAAGGCGCAGCGCCAGCGCGAGAUCAUGGGCGAGGGCAACGGCGCCGCCACCGGUGGCAGAGCGGGGUCCAGGGACACCAGCCCGAGAGGGAGCAGCGACGACGUGACAACGACGGCGGCCAGGGCCACGAAGCCGAGCGACAGCGGCAAGAGCGUGAGCACUACCGCAACCGCCGCCUCGGCAGCCGAUCACACGCAAGCUGCGGCUGCGGCUCCGCUGGCCGCGGGCUCGCGCUCGCCCUCGAUGGCCGCCUCUUCGGGCGCACUCCCGACCGCGGCCCAGUUCCAGCCGAUGCCCUCGCCCGUCACCACGGCGUCGAGCGACUACGCUCCGCCGCAACCGCAGCCGCAUCCGCAGGAGCAAGCGGCCGCGGGGCCGGUGCAGCUUGGCACGCUCCCGCUGCUGCGUUCGGUCUCGGUGAAGCCCGUGGCCAUGCCGGCGCCGAUCAUGGCCAUGGCAGUGCCGGUCCCCGUGCCGAUGCCGGUUCCGGUGCCGAUGGAGGAGGUCAUUGUCGACGGGGAGCGCGUCGAAGAGCACCAGCCGACGCUCGCCAAGAAGAUCGCACACAGCCCGAGGAGCAUCACGUUCGGUCCGGGCAAGGCGAUCGCCAUGAAGCGAACGGAGAACGAAGGCGACAAAAAGAACGAAAACGAAGACGACAGCAAGGGCGCGAAGCAAAGCGAGAAGGAAGAGGAAGCGGAAGCGGGAGAGGUGGUCGAGGAGCCGAGGGUGGGGAGACCCAAGGCGGAAACGAUGAGUUCGAGCUGGCUUCGUGCGGCCCCGCCCAAGGAGAGGAUGAAGGCCGACCACCGCAAGUCCCUUCUCGACCGACGGCUCGCUCCCUUCAAGUCCCAGCUCGCCAAGCGCCCACCCGCGGAAGCUUCGACCACCACGACCUCCACCAGCUCCGGCCCUCGAUCUGCCGACCCCGUAGUCCCGUUCGACGGGAAGGAAACGCUGGGUGCCGCGACGAAGCCGAGGAGCAACAGCAACGACGCGAAAGAAAGCGAGAAGGAGGACAAGGAAGGAAAGAACGAAGCGGUGGAAAGCGAUGACGAAGAGGAAGAGGAAGAGGAGGAGGAAGAAGAAGAGGAAGAGGAGGUGCAAGGCAAGGAAGAGGACGAGGCCAGCGAGUACGAAGACGGAGGGUCGGACGACGAAGACGCCAAGAAGCUGCUGGCCAAGAGCACGAGCAGUGACCUGAAGAAAUCGACCAAGCCGCUCUCUAAAUCCGCCGGCGACGUGCCCCUGGGCUCGAAGAUCAGCACCGGCGGCGGCGGCAGCGGCGGCGAGGACGACACGCGAGCGCGGAGCAAGUCGUCGAAGGACGACCCGCAGGCCUCUUCCUCGGUCAUCAUCGCGUCUCCGGCCUUGAAGCGGGACGAGCCGGCCAGCGCCGCCGGUGGCGUCAAGUUCAGCCGCUUCGGCAGCGCGUCACUCGUGUCGGCGAAGCGGACCUACAAGCUGGCCGAGGGCAACAACACACUGGGCCGAGGGGACGUCCAGAUCGUGCUGAAGGCGGCGAGCGUGUCCCGCAAGCACGCCACUAUCACCCUCAAGAACGGAACGGCGUUCAUUCGUGAUCUGAACUCGACGCACGGGACGAGGGUGAACGACAAGGUGGUGACCGGCAAGGUCCCUCUCACCGUCGGCGACAGCAUCAAGCUCGGGUCGAUCAGGCUCAGCUUCCAAGUGGAAGCGCCCAUCUUUGAGGGCGUGAUCGCCAAGCGAAGUCCCGCCUUCCACAAGUCGUGGCAGAAGCGGUACUGCGUGCUCAAGAAGCGCCAGCGGGACAUCGUCAAGCUGUACUACUACCGCUCCAAGGAGAACCGGCUGCCGCAGGGCUCCGUGUCAAUGGAGCAGGUCGUCUCCGUCACCGACGACGAAAACGGCGGGUCGCCCAACGUGUUCAAGAUCAAGACCAUCAUGCGAGUCUUCGAAUUCCAGGCCAAGGACGAAGAGGAAAGGAAUUUGUGGAUGCAGGCGCUGCGAGAGGCGUCGGGGAAGACGGCGCAGCGCAUGGAGGCGGACAGGAAGGAGCGGCAGCGCGCCAUUGUCACCGGCGAUCAGGACAGCAACGCUGGAACGUCGGGGGAAGACCCCAGCGAGGCUGCGGACGACCGUGCCAUGCUCAAUGACGCCGACAGGCGAAAGCAGACCACCGCGCUCCCCAACGACGUGGCCGACCUCCUCCAGAAGCACAAGGCCGCCACCGCCGCCGCGGCCUCGUCGGACGCAGGAGACUCUUCGUCCGAUGACGACGACGACGACGCUGAGGACACCGUCAAGGCCCGAGCACAGGAAGGCAUCGCCAAGGUGGGCUCCAUGUUCUGA